AUGCAGCGCCGAAAAGUUACUCGUAAUGUGCCUAGAUACAACCAAACACACGAGUGCCCUCAUUGCUCCGCCACGUAUCCAUACCCAUCCAAGCUGAAGGCUCACAUCCGCGCUCAUACCGGCGAAAAGCCAUUCAUAUGUAAAGUCUGUAGCAAAACAUUCCAUGUGGCAAACCACCUGCGACACCACAUGCAAACUCACAACAAGGACCAAAAUCAAUGUCCUCAUUGCCCUGGCAAAUUUGCACAGCAAUUCCAACUUAAGAAUCACCUUCGGACUCAUACCGGCGAAAAGCCAUUCCUUUGUCAAGUCUGUAGCAAAGCGUUCCAUGUGGAACGUUACCUGCACCUCCAUAUGAAAGUUCACAACAAGGACCAACAUAAGUGUCCUCAUUGCCCUGACAAAUUCGCACUGCUAUACCGUCUUAAGGAUCACAUUCGCACUCAUACCGGCGAAAAGCCAUUCCUUUGUAAAGUCUGCGGCAAAACGUUCCAUUCGGCACGCUACAUGCGCGAACAUACAAAAAUUCAUAACAAGGACCAACAUAAGUGUCCUCAUUGUCCUAGCAAAUUCGCGCAGCAAUUCCACCUUAAGAAUCACAUUCGCACUCAUACCGGCGAAAAGCCAUUCAUGUGUAAAGUCUGCAGCAAACGGUUCCAUGCGGCACGCCUCCUGCGACACCACAUGCAAAUUCACAACAAGGACCAAAAUCAAUGUGACAUGCAGCAAACCGAUGGCGUUGAAUCGCUGUGGAUCAAAGCUGAGAUUACCGCAGAAGAUGCGGGACAGGAUCGUCAAAAGAGACAAACGGUUUCUAAUUCACAACAGAGAAGUAGUGCAUACGAUUAUAAUCAUCAUGACGACUUGUUUGAGGCAGAGGAAGAAUCCCUGGAAACACGUUUGAAAUGUGAACCAAUGGACGACCAUCAGCAUUCUCAGUCAUCGGAAGCAGAUUUGAUUCAAGAAGAAGCUUCUGUGGAAGGGAAGACCGUCACGAGUCCUGAAGACACAGCAUCAAUUUCAGAUAAAAAAAAAAUUGGGUAUCAAUUAUUCCGCCGAAAGUCCUAAAUUGAAUCAAAUGGAUCUUAAUGGUGAAGAAAUAUCUGGACACACUGGUAAUCAACCUGUCUUCGUAGUCGGCGAGCAGCGGCUGUUGAUGUCAAAUAAGCGACGAAGUUCCCAAAAGGAUAUCGCAACUGCAGAGUUCUCAGUGUCUACAAUGCAGUGCCGAAAAGUUACUCGUAAUGUGCCUAGAAACAAGCAAAAACACCAGCGACCUCAUUGCUCCGACACGUAUCCAGACCCAUCCAAGCUGAAGGUUCACAUCCGCGCUCAU